AUGGUUUCUGAUACGCCACAUAUUCACGCCACAAGCAACCAGGGCAGUCCUGGCUCUGAGCCUGUUUUACCGGAUACUGACAAGACAAGCAGCACAGUACAACCAGCAACAGUGAAAUCCUCGGAGGCCCCCACGACAGCAUCGUCAAGUGUAGUGCUGGGCAUGGCUGCUGGAAUGGGAGCUCUGAUCUUGCUACUUCUGUUAGUAUUGCUUGUUGUGCUGCUGAAGCGCAGAGCUAAGAUUGGGUCAUUCACUCUACUGCGUCGUACACGUAUAUCGGUGUCUCUCACAAUGAUGAACAGUGCCUUCCAACACAUAUCUACUCAAGAGGAAGAUCAUGAACUAUGGCAGGGUGGCUCGAUGAUGAAUGUCUACGAGACAUCGACCACACUGGGAAAUCCCCGCUCCUCACUGGCAUCACGUACAUCUGGUUCCGAGUUCAAUGCUGAUAUUGAUCAAGAUGAGGCAGACGCUUAUCUCAGGACCGCCGAUGAGCUGAACAUGUCCCGGAGACUUUCCACAGAUACGACCGUCACGCUAAUGUCUGUUCACACACAGAGCAGUGAAACAAACCUAUCAGAGUAUAAUGCCGCUGCCGAGUCCCCGAGCACUUCAGCGUCGAGUGAUGCACAUCUUCCGACAAAAGGAGGAGUUGACGGACGGAAUUUCCAACCCUCAGCAAAGCCUGCCAAGCGUACUCUACUGGGUCGAAAAGCAUCAGUAGCACCUAGCGUUCCCAUGGAUCUGACAGAAGAGAUAUACACAUCACCAACACGCACACCUCUGGCCGCGUCCCGGGACGAAUCAUCACUGGAUAUUUCACUCAACACGCGAUCAAAGUCAGGUCUUGCCAGCGACACAUACGCCCUGCCUGUGGACGUCAUUGCUAGUCACACAGCCUCAAGGCUGUGUUCCAGUACCACAAAAAUCACGGACACAUCUGCUGAUCUGCACACGGUACACAUACACACCGAUGAUGACUAUUGCACGCCCAAAGAUGCUAUUCACAAAGUCAAGAAGUUUUUGGAAACCGAAUCUAUUGACGUCACAGGCAGGCAUGAUUCGGCUGAACAAGCUGCAGGUGGAACCGCUGGUACACGGACGUCCGCGAAUGAUGACAAGACGAACACGAGCUUGACUGCUCUUGCACAAUCACAACCCACUGUGCCUUUGCAGCAGGGAUCUUUAGGGAACGAUUACCUGGAAGGCACCAAACACAGAAGUUUUGACCGGGAACUGGAGUUCCUAACAGAUCGAUUGCAAAGUGAAGCGGCCUCUUGGGACUCGGUAACUGGCAAUCAAGGACUGCUGAAAUCGGAUCACGUGCCAAGUCUUGUGACCGUCCAAGAGGAUCCAAUCAAGUUCAGGCCGGUAUCUGCAUCUGACACUACUCUAUGUCAAACACCAACCGCUGGGACACAUUCUACAGCUACAGACGUUGUUUCCACGACCAAGGCAAAUCCCGCCCUUGCUGGACAAACAGCCACUUCGGACGAGUGUUAUGCAAGCCCUGCCGAUGCUGUUAGGCACUUGGCCACUGACGUGUAUGCUGAGGAAACCUACCAGCUGCCAAAUGAUGCUGUGAGGAGCGUCAUUGGAAACACGUGCAAAGAUGACGCCGCCGCUACACCACGUGAGCUGACACAGCUUAGACGCUCAGAGAGCAGGCCAACAUCUAUUGCUCUCUCAGGCGCUUCAGGAGCUCAACAAGGUGUCUUGCUGGUAGAGGAAGAUACCUACAUCAUGCCGGCCGAUUCCAUCAAGCCGGGCACGGUGAGACACACAGCACAAAGCGGCAUAACACCAACAACUGACAGUGACAUGGUGACACACCAAGCAACAACAAGUACAGUAUCGACUACUGACCCUGGAGCAGACAUUGCAGACGCCUAUCAACUGCCAGCAGAUAUCAAGCUAGAGCAAGCAGCAGCCGGCAGGACUGACAAGGCUGGCAUGGAUCCAGCUGACACCUAUGCAAUGCCAGCAGAUGCAAUAGGCGUGCGGAGUACACCUAAAGCAGAGGCACAGAUCGUGGCUCCAUCGACGAUAGCAGCUCAUAACCCAACUGAUCCCACUCCCAGGCGAGAAGUCUACGCCCAAGUCCAACCCAAGAGUCAACGGAUGCGAGAAACAGGGGAUUCCAAUGUGUCCUCGCAUAGCAGUGGUGCAGGGGAACCCACCACUGCCACGUCAUCAGUAGCAGGUGACGCGCCGCCCACCAUUCCACCUAGGUACAGGAAGACAUCAUGGCACGGAGAACAAGCCGAUAUCGACAUUGGCAACCAACAAUACAAGAGCAGCAAAUGGUCGAACAUGUUUUCGCACGUCAAGCGCAAGAUCUCAGCUGGGCGUGAACGGAGAACUGAAAUGAAACAGCCAGGUAGCCCCAGAACCAGCAGGCCACUACCAUCGCCACUGCCUGAAGAAGUCGCUCCAGGAAACCUGAUACAGAAGACUGACGAUUCCAAUGCACUGGCAGAAGAACCACAAUACAUGCUGUGUGGACCACAACUGAUCUCGCAACUAUCCAUGCCCUCCGACACUACGUCGCUAUCUAAAAUGGCGGCAGCGUUGCCUUCCCUCCCACGGCGUAACACUGCUCCACCAGCACCCGAGGAUGUACUGGGUCCAAUCUAUUCCCUAGCAACGACCAGCACUCUGUCAGGCCAAGCCGCAACAGCUGAGAAAGCCUAUGACAACGCCAGUACCAGCAGUUCAAUCACACACGUGCACACAUUCGAAAGCGACCUCGACCAGGAAAUGUACGCAGAGCUGCAAGUUCAAGAUACACCACAGCGGCUCUUGCCGGCAACGGACAAUACUUCACAGAUCGACACCGCCAUGCUACAGAAUACCUCCAACAUGAACCCAGACUGCAGGUCAGAGGUCUAUGCAGAGAUCGGAGUAGCCAAAAUCGACAAAAAAUCAACGCCAAACACCGAUUCUUGUUACGCAGCGCCCGUCGAUGCUAUGGUGGCUGCAUGUGCGAGCCAUGGCACUCGUGGACAAGACAAAACAUACGCAGCUCCCAUCGAUGCCGUAACAUCUGCUUGUGAGAGCGAUAGCACUCGUGGACAAGACGAAACAUACGCAGCUCCCAUCGAUGCCAUAACAUCUGCUUGUGAGAGCGAUAGCACUCGUGGACAAGACGAAACAUACGCAACUCCCAUCGAUGCCGUAACAUCUGCUUGGGAGAGCGAUGGCACUCGUGGACAAGACGAAACAUACACAGCUCCCAUCGAUACAGUACCAUCUGCUUGUAAGAGCGAUGGCACUCGUGGACAAGACGAAACAUACGCAGCUCCCGUCGAUGCCAAAAUGUCUGCGUAUGAGAGCGAUAGCACUCGUGGACAAGACGAAACAUUCGCAACUCCCGUUGAUGCCAUAAAAUCUGCUAGUGAGAGCAAUAGCACUCGUAGACAAGACGAAACGUACGCAGCUCCCGUUGAUGCUCUAACAUCUGCGUAUGAGAGCGAUAGCACUCGUGGACAAGAUGAAACAUACGCAGCUCCCGUCGAUGCCGUAACGUCUGCUUGUAAGAGCGAUAGCACUCGUGGACAAGAGGAAACAUACGCAACUCCCAUUGAUGCCAUAACAUCUGCUAGUGAGAGCAAUAGCACUCGUAGACAAGACGAAACGUACGCAGCUCCCAUUGAUGCUCUAACAUCUGCGUAUGAGAGCGAUGGCACUCGUGGACAAGAUGAAACAUACGCAGCUCCCGUCGAUGCCGUAACGUCUGCUUGUAAGAGCGAUUGCACUCGUGGACAAGAGGAAACAUACGCAACGCCGCUCGACUCACUGAAUGUUGUGAAGAAAGGCACACCGCUCGAGAGCAAGGAUACAGCGCACGCACAUGCUGCCAACAACCUGAAAUUGGCCCAAAUAUCACCCAGUUCCACUGCUGAUACUGCAGGCAAAGCAGAAACUGGCUCCAGUUCAUUGGGUGUGUAUGACGUUCCAGUCGAUGCGAUCACCAGCACAUAG